CCUUAGGCAUUUCUCACCCGAAAGGUGUUCGAUGAAAUGCCCGAGACAACUCUCCUAGGCUUUUAGUAUACUUUGCCAAAGACAUUUGUUGUUAAAGGUGCUAAGAUAGCUAAUAGACUUGUUAGUAAUGAUUGCUUUCAUAUUAUUCAACCAAAGACAUUUGAUGUUUGAGAUAUGUUAGCAAAUGAGCAUUCAUCUAGACAUAGAGCUUGCUUAGAAUUGUGUUUAGGCUUAAGGUCGAUAGUUUGAUCGAUCAUUUGCCAUCCUUAGUUCGAUACUUGAUCACCCAAGGUCUAAUCCCUAUGCCCAAGAGUUCUCUUUUCCCUUAGUCAAGAAAGUAUCAUUCUGUUAUUGCUUUUUUUAGUUUUAGUCAUAGCUUAAAACCCAUCUAAAUCAUUGGUUGCACUUAGAUUAAGUGAGUACUUGCAUUCUCAGUGCUUUGAUAUCCCUCAGAACUGGUUCGACAAUCUUUUAUACUACAACAUUUGUCUUAGGAGCCUUGAAAACUCCUAACAUCAAUGACCAAAUGGUCACCGGUGAUUGAAAAGGAAAAACCACCAACACAGUCCAUUCCAAUGUGGGUACACCUCAAAAAUGUACUUGUCUAUGUUCUCAUGGCAAGGAUUAAACUUCUUGACGAGUCCAAUUGGGAGUCCUGGUAGACUGCACCCGGAGACAGCGCAAUGCCUAAAGAUUGAUGUGGCAAAGAUCUUUGUAACUGUGGAUUUAACAAAGGACUUGCCACAAAAGAUGAACUUUAACAUCCAAGGAGAGGAGGUGAUGGUGGAGUACAUCUAUCCAUGGCUACCAAAGAAGUGUUCGAAGUGUGAAAAGCGGGGACAUUCAGUGAAAGCGUGUUCUAAAGAAAAAGAAUUUCAAAAAGAGAAUCAGGAGGAGAUGGAAGAGGGUGAAGUCAGAGAAGUUCGAGAGGAGAAAAAAGAUAAAGAAGAAAUUAUAUCGAGAAGUUUGGAAGAUCCUGAGGAAAAUACUGAGUGUGAGCAAGUGGCUUUGGUAGAGUCUUCUGAGAAGUUGAAGUUGAAAGAGGGAGAAGAUGUGAGUAGUAAGGAAGAGAUAACUCAAGGUACAGAAAAUGUUGAGAAGGAGAAAGAAUGGUCAGAUGUUUCACCGGGGAAAUCUAGCCGCUCUUCUAAUUCAAGUCAAAAGGAAUUGGAGUCUAUUUUUACGAAAUCAAGAUUUGAUGUGUUAACACCGAAGGAGGGUAAAGAAGUGACAGUUUAUGAGAAAGAGGAGCAAGAAGAAGAUGAUCAACAUGACAAAUUGCAAGACAAAGAAGUUAUUCAUAGGAGAGUAUUACCUCGAGAAUUUAAGAUUAAUCAUAGAUAUCUCAUAGCUAAAGCAUGAGGUUAGACAGCUCAGGAUGUUGAUUCUAGCUAUCUGAAGAAAAAGAAACCCCGUCGUCAAUAAUAUGUAUGGUUUCUACUGGAAUAUUAGAGGCUUCAAUAAAUUUUCUAAGCAUAUGGUGGUACAAAAUUGGGUGAGGAAGCGUGGUUUUCAAUAUGGAUGUUUAAUAGAGACAAGAGUAAAGGAGAAUAAGGUGAAGCGUAUUUUGGAGAUGGUUUUUCCGGGAUGGUCCUACAUCACGAAUUAUGAUCAUCACCUUUUGGGAAGAUUAUGGGUUAUAUGGAGCCCGAGAGUGAGGGUCACACUGUGUUUUUGGGGUUCAACUCGAGUUUUUCGGGUUCAAGUCGAUUCGGAUUUACAUAAAAAUGUACAUACAAAAAAUUAAAUAAACUAAUUGAUAAAUUAUAUUAUUUUAAACAUUUUUUCCGAUAUAAUAUGACUUUGUAUCAUAAUAAUAUACAAAAAUUCUAAAAUAAUAAACACUGGGGUCAAAAUCUAGUGUGUUUUGAAGUGUAAAUUUUUUUGUUUAGGACACCCUGAAACCUCCGGUUCUGACCGGCCAGUUGAACCAAUAAAAUAAUAAACAAAACUCUGUCGUCUUAAGGACACUCUGAAACCUCCGGUUCUGUCACCGUCUUCUGCUCAAUUGCUUACAAGACCUAGUAGUUCCGUAGAAAGUCGAACAGUCAGUAAUCACCCAUGUAUACUCUGAGACUGAGUCUCCAUGGAAGAAGGUUGGUCGAGCUACAGAAAUGGCGUAACGUGAGAGUUUCAGUGACCCUUCUUCAAAAUGCAUCCUUCUCUUCUCCUUCUGAUGUAAGUCCUCGAAAAGGUCAGAACUUUACUGUCUCUUCUUACCUGGUUGACUCACUGGGUUUAACUAGGAAACUGAUAGGUUCAAAUAUACUUACACGAGGAAGAAAGGGAAAGGAGUGGAUUAAAAGACUCUAGUGGAAACAGAAGGUUUACGGUUACAGACUUGAAGAAUAAACAAAGGAGUAUAAAUAGUCAUUGUCAUGGUUGUUAGAUCUUUAUCGAUUAAGUACAUUGGUGAUUCUUACCGAUGAGCUGAGUCUACUCAGGUGAUAGAGUAGUUGAGAUUCUCAGGUGAUAGAGAUCUCCAUUGUUGUACUUAUCGAGCUUACUAUCAAAAUACAUACAUUUCCUCUGUUAUCUCUAUCUUCACUCUAUCAUUGGUGCGGUGAGCUUGGACGAAUCGAACGCGAUCGGAGUUUGCAAGUUGAAUCGAGUCAGCUCAGCUCGAAUCGAUCAUCGGAGUUCUAAAUCACACCGGCAAAGCGAUGUCGAAGGCGAAGGUGGGGGAAAGUCCGAGACCGGUGGAAUCGGAGGAGGAAUUCGAAGUCGAAGAUCAAGAUAUGGAUAUGGAGUUCCUCAAAGGCGGUUACAUCCGUCUCAAUCGAGCUCGCAAACAAGCAGAUUCCAAAAUCGAUGAGGUGAAUCAACAGUUGCGAUCGAUCCUCAAGAUUCUGGAGAAACCUGACUCGGCGACGAGGCCACAAAUGGAACCAGGAUCUUCCCAGCAUCAGGUAUACUCACAAAAUUGGGAAUGAAACCGGGAUUAUCAUCCGCUAGGUUAUCGAUCUGGGCAUAUGAAUGUUGCGAAUAGAGAGUCGAUGUUGCAGAAAAUACAGAUGCCAGUUUUUGCGGGAACGCAACCUUAUGUGUGGGUUACAGAGGUCGAAAGAUGGUUUACUAUUGGGAAGUAUGAGGAUGAUGAAAAGCUGGAGCUGGUUGGGUUGAGUUUAGAAGGAAAGGUUAAGAAAUGGUUUGGAUGGGAGUUGAAACGAAAGGGAUUUGCUAGCUGGUUUGAAUUUAAAGAGAAGUUGAUUCUGCGAUUUUCAGAGUCAAUUGAAGAUGAACCUGCAAGCAGACUCUUUGCUAUCAAGCAAACAGGGUCAGUGAGCGAUUACAUCUCAGAAUUUGAGGAGUUCUCAACGCUAGUGCCGAACUUAGACGAUGACCAUCUGAUCAAGAUCUUUUACAACGGUCUCAAUCAGGAAAUGAAGGAGGUGAUUAGAAUGAAGGAACCUAAGGGGCUGGAGAACCAUAUUGCCGCAGUCCUACGAAUGGAAUCGAGUGCUUUUUGUAAAGUGGUGAGCGAAGCAACCAAGAAGGGGGCAGUGACGCAACCGAAACCCUUUACAAACCCACUGAAGUCAUCUUCCGGGUACAACUCACAGAGAUCAAGUUCGGAGGCUGCAACCAAAUACAAUUCAGGUCAACAGUCAAAUACAAGCACUGCGGUAACUAAGAAAGAUCAGAGUAUUCAGAGCAGCUCUACAGAUACUCGUCCUCGAAUGAAAUAUUCGAAGGAAGAGUUAGAUAGGAUGCGAAGGGAGUUCAUUUGUUUCAAGUGUGGGGCAAAUGGGUGGACUCGAGCCCAUAAAUGUCCUAAUCAAGAGCUGCGAAUUCUUAUGGUAACCAAUGGAUGGGAACUGGAAGUGUUAGAUGAUCAGGAAAGAGAUGACAUUGAGCUGACGGAAUCAUCUAAGUCUCGAGAGUUGAUGACAUUAUCACUCAAUUCAUUCUUGGGUCGUCAUUCACCAAAGACAACCAAACUCUAUGGCAAGAUUGCUAACCUUGAGGUGAUCGUGAUGCUAGACAGUGGGGCUUCACAUAACUUCAUCACGCCAAAAGUGGUCCAGCGUCUGAAGCUGCAGAUUUGUGCUGAAACAAGCUUCGACAUUCAGCUAGGAAACGGUGUCACAGUACAGAGUUCAGGGGUGUGUGUUGAUGUUCAGUUUCAACUAGCAAAUGCAGAGUUCACAUCAGACUUCAUCACGUUGGAAUUAGGGAUGGUGGAUGUUAUUUUAGGAAUUCAAUGGCUUGAGACUUUAGGAAAAUGCGAGGUGGAUUGGAAGGCGCAGGAACUGUCCUUUGUUCAUAAUGGGAACAAAGUGACACUGUUCGGGGAUCCAACACUCCAUUGUUCCAAACUCUCGAUGAAGUCAUUGGCUCCUAUCUCAACUACUGAUGUUAAAGGAAGAGUAGAGCUUUAUACAUCAGCAAGUGAGGUAACAUUACCCAUUCCGUGUAUUCCGUUGACGUUGGCGAAACUCUUGGAAUCCUUUGAUCAUGUAUUUGCCCUCCCUACGGGUCUACCUCCCUUUAGAGGCAUUGAUCACGCAAUAAAUUUGCAACCAGGAGUUUCCGCCAUCUCCGUGAGACCAUACCGUUACCCACACGCAACAAAGGUGAUUAUGGAAAAGAUGGUGAAUGAAAUGUUGGAAUCAGGAAUCAUCAGAAUCAGUACAAGUCCGUUCUCAAGUCCGGUCUUGUUGGUCAAAAAAAAGAUGGAACUUGGAGAUUCUGUAUUGAUUACAGAGCGCUGAAUAAGGCAACGAUUCCAGAUCGAUUUCCCAUCCCAGUUAUUGAUCAGCUCCUAGACGAAUUACAUGGAGCUAUGGUUUUUUCGAAACUGGAUUUGCGUGCGGGGUAUCAUCAAAUACGUACGAAAGAGGAAGACAUUGCGAAGACUGCUUUCAGGACAGUGGAAGGGCACUAUGAGUUCCUUGUAAUGCCAUUUGGGCUUACAAACGCCCCAGCCACUUUCCAAUCCUUGAUGAACACAAUCUUCAAGAAGUACCUCCGGAAGUUUGUCUUAGUCUUCUUUGACGAUGUGUUGGUCUAUAGCAGAACAAUGGAAGAACAUGAGGAACAUUUGCGAGUGGUGUUACAGAUAUUGGAUCAACAGAAGUUACUAGCAAACAAGAAGAAGUGUUCGUUUGGUUUAUCCCAAGUAGAGUAUCUCGGCCACAUAAUUUCAAAGGAUGGUGUUGCUACAGACUCAGCGAAAACUAAGACUAUGAAGGAAUGGCCCAUUCCGAGAUCAGUUAAACAGCUUCGCGGGUUUUUGGGGUUGACAGGUUAUUACCGACAAUAUGUUAAGAGUUAUGGAACAAUAGCCAGGCCGCUAACAGACUUAUUGAAGAAGGAUAAUUUUGAAUGGUCGGCGCCAACUCAAGAGGCGUUUGAAAGGCUCAAACAAGCAAUGGCGGAAGCUCCUGUGCUCGCAUUACCAGAUUUCAACAAGCCCUUUAUCAUUGAAUCAGACGCUUCAGGGUUUGGAGUAGGAGCAGUUCUGAUGCAGGAUCGUCGUCCUAUUGCUUACUUCAGUCACGGGUUAACAGCAAGAGAAUAACUGAAACCUGCGUAUGAGAGAGAACUGAUGGCAGUGGUUAUGGCAGUGCUUAAAUGGAAGCACUAUCUGCUGGGGAGGAAAUUCAUUGUCCAGAUCAAAGAAGCUUGAAAUAUUUGCUGGAUCAGAAAGAAGUUAAUAUGGAAUAUCAAAGAUGGCUGACGAAAUUAUUGGGUUUUGAUUUCGAAAUUGUUUACAAACCAGGCUGUGACAACAAGGCUGCUGAUGGAUUAUCUAGAAUUGAACCUAUGCGGAGUACAGAAGUGAAUUCCUUAUUGCUUUCGUUAACAAUUCCCUCAGUGAUUCAGUUACAAGACCUCUAUAAGGAGAUUGCAGACAGUAAGGAGAUUCAGGAAUUGAUCAAGCUUGUUUCAGCGGGUACCGUGGCUAACAGACACUACACGGUGACUGAUGGGAGACUUUGGUAUAAGAAGAGGUUGGUUAUUCCGAAGCAGUCCGCCUUCAUUCCUCUGAUUUUAUCUGAAUGCCAUGAUAGCACGUAUGGAGGUCAUUCUGGUGUUCUGAAAACAGUCAAACGUGUGCAGUUGAUGUUUCAUUGGGAGGGGUUAUACAAACGUGUGCAACGACAUGUGAUGGAGUGCAAGAUAUGUCAAACACAUAAGUAUUCAACGUUAUCACCUGCUGGGUUACUACAACCAUUACCUAUUCCUCAGCAAGUGUGGGAGGAUGUUUCGAUGGAUUUUGUUGAAGGCUUACCAAGUUCUCAAGGGAGUAAUGUGAUUAUGGUAGUGGUGGACCGUCUCAGCAAAUAUGGCCACUUCGUGGGGUUAAAACAUCUGUUUACUGCGGUCGACGUCGCAUCUAAGUUCAUGACGGAGGUGGUAAAACAUCACGGGUUUCCUAAAUCGAUUGUCUCCGAUAGAGAUUGCAUCUUUUUGAGUAACUUUUGGAAGGAUCUCUUUCGCCUCUCAGGAACAAAAUUGAAGUACAGCACAGCCUUUCACCCGUAAACAGACGGGCAAACAGAGGUUCUCAAUCGUUGUAUGGAAACGUAUCUUCGGUGUUUUGCUUCUGGUCAUCCAAAGACAUGGCAUAAGUAUUUGGCGUGGGCAGAACUGUGGUACAACACUUCGUUUCAUACCGCGUUGAAGGCAACACCUUUUCAAGUGGUGUAUGGAAGAGAACCUCCUAAGUUGUUGCGGUUCGAAGAAGGGUCUACGACUAACUAUGAUUUGCAGGUGGCGUUAAAGGAACGGGAUGAGAUGCUACUACAGAUUCAACUACAUUUGGCUAGAGCUCAACAACUCAUGAAGACGCAAGCUGAUAAGCAUAGACGGGAUGUGCAGUUUGCAGUGGGUGAUCGUGUGUAUCUUAAGUUGAAGCCGUUUCGUCAAAGCACAGUGGCUCGUCGCUUUUGUCAAAAACUGGCUGCGAAGUUCUUUGGUCCUUAUGAGAUUGUGGAGCGUAUUGGAAAGGUGGCUUAUCGUCUCAAAUUGCCAGCGGAAGCGAAGAUACAUCCUGUUUUUCACAUUUCGCAGUUGAAGGCAGCUUUGGGACAGUAUCACAUCUUACAAGAGAUACCACCUACUUGCACGGACUUGGAGAACUUAAUAUGGGAACCUGAAGACAUAUUGGCUGCAAGAACGAAUAACGAUGGACUGAUGGAAGUACUGGUAAAAUGGAAGGGUCACUUGGAUCAUGAUGCUUCGUGGGUGUUGCUGUCGGAGUUUCAGGCUUCUUUUCCUCAUUAUAAGCUUGAGGGCAAGCUUGCUCUCAAUGGGGGGAGUAUUGAUAGGUUCAAAUAUACUUACACGAGGAAGAAAGGGAAAGGAGUGGAUUAAAAGACUCUAGUGGAAACAGAAGGUUUACGGUUACAGACUUGAAGAAUAAACAAAGGAGUAUAAAUAGUCAUUGUCAUGGUUGUUAGAUCUUUAUCGAUUAAGUACAUUGGUGAUUCUUAGCGAUGAGCUGAGUCUACUCAGGUGAUAGAGUAGUUGAGAUUCUCAGGUGAUAGAGAUCUCCAUUGUUGUACUUAUCGAGCUUACUAUCAAAAUACAUACAUUUCCUCUGUUAUCUCUAUCUUCACUCUAUCAGAAACUCGCGGACUCCAUCUCAAAGAAGGUCACUUUCGAGGAGAAGGGUCAUCCUGAUUCAGUCCUCACUCUUCUUAGAACUCAUGGCUUCACUGAUUCUCAGAUCACCACCAUCAUUACAGACUACCCAUUACUGCUUGUAGCAGAUGCUGAUGAGUCUCUUGCUCCCAAGCUUAAGUUGCUACAGAACAGAGGAGCUUCAACCUCUGAGCUCACUGAGGUUCUUUCUAAAGUCCCCAAGAUCUUGAGAAUCAAAAAGGACAAAGCUUUAGGAAGAUACUAUGAUUUCGUCAGAGAGAUUAUAGAAGCGGAUAAGAGUUCUAAGUUCGAAAGGUUGUGUCUUUCUUUGCCGCUGGGUAGUAGACAGGAGAAUAAGAUCAGGAACGUUUUGGUUUUGAGAGAUCUUGGUGUGCCUCAGAGGUUGUUGUUCCCUUUGCUCAUCUCAAGGUCUGCACAUGUCUGUGGUAAAGAAAGGUUUGAAGAGUCACUCAAGAAGGUUCUUGAGAUGGGUUUUGAUCCCACAACUCCAAAGUUUGUCAAAGCUUUGCAUACUGUUUAUGAACUGAGUGAUAAAACGAUAGAAGAGAAGGUGAAUGUGUACAAAAGACUAGGCUUUGGUGUGGGAGACGUGUGGAAGAUCUUCAAGAAGCAUCCUUCGUUUCUUAAGUUCUCUGAGAAGAAUAUAUCAAACUCUAUCGAUACGUUUCUAGGCCUAGGAUUCAGCAGAGUUGAGCUUGCGGGGAUGGUCAAGCGCUUUCCUCAGUGCAUUGGGUUAUCUGCAGAGACUGUAAAGAAGAAGAAUGAGUUUUUGGUGGAGAAGAUGAAGUGUAUUUGGAUGUAGCAUGGACAAGAGGAUUGCUCCGAGGUGUGAAGUAAUCAAAGCUCUAAUGUCCAAAGGAUUGCUUGGGAGUGAACUUCCUUCAGUAUCUUCUGUCUUGGCGUGUACUGAUCAUAUGUUUCUGAAAAAGUAUUUGAGUAAGCAUGAUGACAUUGACAAGGUGUUUGUGGACGAGUUAAUGGCUAUCUUCACCAAAGAUGGUGACUUAUAGAUCAGAAAGCUUGUCAAGGUGUGUGUGUUUUCUUUCUUUUGCAUUAACUUUAGAUUUGUCUAUGGAUUUUUUUGUUGCCAUUCAAACUGUUGUAAUCUUAUCAAUUGGUGUCAACUAGUUCUUUAAGUUUGGAGCAUUGAAACGUGAUGCUUUGGUUGAUAUGAUAAAGCAGGAGAACAUUUUGUAAGACAUUGCUUGGUUUAUAGAGAAUUUCAAUCAAGAAGACGAGUGGUUUGGAGCUCUGACAUGGAUCUUAAAUCUAGAGUUAAAAAUCUUCAUGUUUGAAUCCAGAUCGAUUAGUUUGGACCGUUUGGUUACUUCUUCAUAUGUACAAAAGAUGGGGAUCCAUAGGCAAAAAGGGUGUUGAGAUGGGAUUUGAAUCAACCACCUCAAAGUUUGUGGAAGCUCUACGCAUUGUUUACGGAUUGAGUUACAAAACAAUAGAAGCAAAAAUCAAUGUCUAUCGCCUAUGGGAAAUGUUCAAGAAGUGUUCCAGUCUCUCUCUCUCUCUCUCUCUCUCUCUCUCUCUCUCUCUCUCUCUCUCUCUCUCUCUCUCUCUCUCUCUCUUAUACUCGGAGAAGAAGAUAUUGAACUCCAUUGAAACAUUUAUAGACUUGAGUUUCUGAUGAACAGGAUGAAUGGGCCACUAUAUAUAAAGGCCAAGAUUUAGAUAGUUCUUUUACGGCCACUUGCUGGAUACGUAUCGUUCAAAUGACCGUGAUAGAUGAUCAUCAAACACUUAUUUACCAAGAACGAUUUUUUCACUACCUUCACCUCUGAAUAAGUGAACCAUUCUCUUUGCUGUUUUGUUUGAUGCCUGCAAGCAAAGAAUUCAACAGAUUCUAUGAGCACUCAUAGUUUCUUGUGUCAUUUUUAUAUUAUUUUGCUAUUAUGAUUUAUAUGAGGAUUCAAUAGAUUUUAUAUCAUUUAUUAUUCUAUGCGGUUUAAAGAUAAUCACCACAGUUCAUGAGGCAGUGACACAAUUUUCAGAGCUUUUAUGUCCAAAGAAUUUUUUAGUUUUGAAUAAAAAUUUAACAGAUCAUAAAUAUGUCACAUGGAAUGAGGCGUUAAUUAGUUGCCUUAAUCUCAACCUACAUUUUACUCGCUCUGUUUUAUAUUAAGUGUCGUUCAAAAUUUUUGUACACGAAUUAAAAAAAUUGUCAACUUUCUAUGUUACCCUACCUCUAUUUAAUAUAGUUUUAUGUUUGGUUUUAUUAAUUAAUGAAUUAAAAUAAUUGUAAAAAUAAGAAAAAUUAUUAAAUAUAUGCAUUAAAAACGUAAAAUAACACUUAUAAUAAAAUAAAAUUUAAAAUCUAGAUUCUAGAAUGACAAAACUUAAUAUGAAACGGAAGGAGUAUACUUUAUAGCUAAAUAUCCCAAACAAAGUUUUCUUUGCAAGUCGGAAACGAACAAACUUUGAGUUAGUUAAGUGCAUCCAAAGACAAUCCAAAAACGAAAAGACAAUCCAAAAAGUAUAUAAUUAUAUUUCUACAAAUUGUUAAAUCUAAAGAUUUCAACCCUGAUCCAAAAGGGACAACCUAAAUAAUACUUUGCAGUAUUUUAUAAAACAAAAAAACAACACAUCUACUAUUAAUCUAGGAGUCUCCGUUCUCCACAUUAUCACACAUUUUGCUAACCAAAAUCGUCUUUCUUCUCCAAAGAAAACCUCUCAACACAUUAGAGAUAUGACAAGUGAAGCCCCAAGUUGGGCUGAUCAAUGGGGAACUGGAGGGAUCGGAGAGAUGCCGGAGGAAGAUAACACCAAAAGUGCCGGCGGUAAGAAGUCCGGCACGACCAAAGCCAAGAUUAUUGACUUCAUGAGUUUCAAGUGGAUGAAGAAUCUUGUGCACAAGAAGAAGACAAAAGACUCUAAUUCUUUAAAAUGAAAAGAAAGACAACAUUUUCUAUGUACCCUUUUCCUUCUGAAGAUAUCAAAAUCUAUCAUUGUAUUUGUUUAUUUUCAUGUUGAGUUUCAUGUGAGUUAUGUAUGGUGCAUCCCACGAUUGAAUGUUUUUUGUUUGUUUUGUUAUA